AUGCCGUCAACGGCGUUGGCCUUGACGCCAGGUCUCUCGUCCUUCUUGAAGUCUCUCAAGACGAACCCAAUAGAUACCUCCAUUGAGAACCUAGUCUCGCUGCUUAAGCGUCGUCAAAUCCGCCAUUCUCGAUCAUGCGCGACCGCAACGGCCUACCUCCUUCUGCGAGUUGUGUCGGCAUGCCGAACAUCCGAAUCUGUGAAGCUCAUUGAGCGCGUUCAGAGUGUGGGUAGACGUCUUAUGGCUGCUCAGCCGCGGGAGAUGGUGGUAGGGAACAUUGUGCGACGAGUCCUCGGCCUUAUUCGUGACGAGGCGGAAGAUGAUCGCGAUGCUGAAUUUGCACUCAGCGAAGCUGGCUCUGAGAGCCAGUGUCAAACCCCUCGUGCCUACGACGAUCCGUCACUGCCUUUGGAUCGCGAUAUGCUCGGUCUCAAAUCGGAGGGCUCAGAACGGUCUUCGCGCCCUCCUUUGACCUCCAUGUUUAGCCUUCUUUCCCACCCAGAGCCCGAGUACUCUCUCCCCAGCACCCCCGGCACUCAAUCGCCAAACGGCCGUUUGUUUGGUCAUGGUCUCAGCAAGGACGUUCGAGCUGAAGUUCUGGAGGGUAUUAACGAGAUCAUCGACGAGCUGGGUCAAGUAGAUGACCAGAUCGCCGCCUAUGCGUUGGAACAUAUCCACUCCAACGAGAUCAUCCUCACACACACCUCCUCCACAACGGUACAGAAGUUCCUUCUCAAAGCCGCCGCCAAGCGGAAGUUCACAGUUAUCCACGCGGAAUCAUUCCCCAACAACCACGAUUCUACACACGCUACCGUUAGCGGCAACAACUCCGGUGAUGACGAAAACCUCAGCUUCGAAUCUUUCCAGAAGCCACUGGUCGCUCACGGCAUCACUGUGAUCCUUAUUCCUGACUCUGCUGUCUUUGCGCUCAUGUCCCGUGUCAACAAGGUCAUUCUGGGUACGCACUCUGUCCUUGCUAACGGUGGCCUUGUUGCCGCUGCCGGCACCCGUGUCAUUGCCCGCGCCGCCAAGGUCCACCAGACCCCCGUCGUUGUUGUCAGUGGUGUCUACAAGUUGAGUCCGGUCUACCCAUUCGACUUCGACUCUCUCAUUGAGUAUGGCGACGCCAGCAAGGUUUUGCCUUUUGAAGAUGGUGACCUGGUCGAGAAAAUCGAUGUCCAGAACCCGAUUUACGACUAUGUCCCGGCAGAGCUGGUUGACCUUUAUAUUACUAACCUAGGUGGCCAUGCCCCGUCAUACCUUUACCGUAUUGUGUCUGAUCACUACCGGAAAGAGGAUAUUAGUUUUUAG